AUGGCUGACAGGACUGCCCCUAACUGCCACCUGAGGCUGGAGUGGGUCUAUGGCUACAGAGGACACCAAUGCCGCAACAACCUGUACUACACAGCAGCCAAGGAGAUUGUGUACUUUGUGGCUGGGGUUGGUGUGGUCUACAACACCAGGGAACACAAGCAGAAAUUCUACCUGGGCCACAAUGAUGACAUUAUCAGCUUGGCCCUGCAUCCAGAGCGAGUGUUGGUGGCCACCGGACAAGUUGGGAAAGAGCCGUACAUCUGCGUCUGGGACUCGUACACCGUGCAGACGGUCUCCAUACUGAAGGACGUCCACACCCAUGGGAUAGCUUGCUUGGCGUUCGAUGUGGACGGACAGCGGCUAGUCUCAGUGGGUCUCGACUCCAAGAAUACGAUCUGCGUUUGGGACUGGAGGAAAGGAAAGCUGCUGGCGAUGGCGCCCGGUCACACGGACAGGAUAUUUGACAUCUCCUGGGACCUUUAUCAGCCCAACAAACUCGUCAGCUGCGGCGUCAAACACAUUAAGUUUUGGAGUAUGUGCGGCAAUUCGCUGACCCCCAAGCGUGGCGUGUUCGGGAAGACGGGCGACCUGCAAACCAUUCUGUGCCUGGCAUGCACGAGGGACGAGCUGACGUACUCCGGGGCUCUGAACGGGGACAUAUAUGUCUGGAAGGGGUUAAACCUAACGCGUACAAUCCAGGGGGCGCACGCUGCAGGAAUCUUCAGUAUGAACGCGUGUGAAGAAGGCUUUGCCACCGGCGGCCGGGACAGCUGCGUGCGGCUGUGGGAUUUAAAUUUUAAACCAAUUACUGUGAUUGAUCUCAGGGAAACCGACCAGGGAUACAAAGGUCUGUCUGUGCGGAGCGUGUGUUGGAGAGGCGAUCACAUCCUGGUCGGGACGCAGGACAGCGAGAUCUUUGAGAUCGUGGUGCACGAGAGGAACAAACCCUUUCUCAUCAUGCAGGGACACUGCGAAGGAGAGCUGUGGGCUCUGGCCGUCCACCCCACCAAACCGCUGGCCAUCACCGGGAGCGACGACCGAUCAGUGAGGAUAUGGAGUUUAGUAGACCAUGCCCUGAUAGCUCGGUGUAAUAUGGAGGAACCCAUUCGAUGUGCGGCCGUCAGUACCGACGGCAUCCACCUGGCUCUAGGAAUGAAGGACGGCUCUUUCACGGUGCUCCGGGUCAGGGACAUGACCGAGGUCGUCCAUAUCAAGGACCGGAAAGAGACCAUCCAUGAGCUGAAAUAUUCUCCCGAUGGUAAUUUUCUUGCCGUCGGCUCCAACGACAGCUGUGUGGACAUCUACGGGGUCGUUCAGCGAUAUAAAAAGGUUGGGGAGUGCACCGGAUCCCUGUCCUUCAUCACACACAUGGACUGGUCUUUGGACAGCAAGUUCCUCCAAACCAACGAUGGGAGCGGGAAAAGAAUGUUCUACAGAAUGCCCGGAGGUAAAGACGUGUCCAAGGACGACCUGAAGGGCGUGCAGUGGGCCCGUUGGACGUGCACGUCUGGUUCGGAAGUGAACGGCAUCAUGCCUAAAUAUUCCGACGUUAACGACGUCAACUCUGUAGACGCUAAUUUCGGGGGACAGGUUCUGGUGUCAGCUGAUGAUUACGGGACAGUGAAACUUUUCAGAUAUCCGUGUCUGAAAAAAGGUGCAAAGUUUAGGAAGUACCUGGGUCACUCGGCACAUGUGACCAGCGUCCGAUGGUCACAUGACUACCAGUGGAUCAUCUCGGUCGGUGGAGCCGAUCACUCUGUGUUUCAGUGGAAGUUUAUUCCGGAUCGGAAGCUGAAGGACGUCCUGCACAUCGCCCCACAAGAAAGUUUGAUCGACUCCAACAGCGACGACUCGGAUACCGACCAAUCGGACGUCCCAGAGCUGGACUCUGAGAUAGAGCAGGAGACUCAGACCACUUACCGCCGCCAGGUUUAUAAGGAGGAUCUACCUCAGCUAAAGGAGCAAUGCAAAGAAAAACACCGGAGUGCUUCUUCCAAGAGACGGGAGCGGCCGCCCGUGAACAGCAUCCGGCUCCACUUUGUUCACGGGUAUCGGGGGUACGACUGCCGCAGUAACCUGUUUUAUACCCAGACGGGAGAGAUCGUUUACCACGUGGCAGCCGUCGGGGUGGUGUAUAACCGGCAGCAGAACACGCAGAGGUUUUAUUUAGGGCACAACGAUGACAUCCUAUGCCUCGCCAUUCAUCCGCUGAAGGACUACGUAGCCACCGGCCAGGUGGGUCGCGACAGCGCGGUGCAUAUCUGGGACGCGGAGACAAUCAAACCUCUCUCCAUAUUAAAGGGACAGCACCAGUACGGAGUGUGCGCCGCGGACUUCUCGGCGGACGGAAAGCGUUUGGCCACGGUGGGCAUCGAUGACAAUCACACUGUUGUUCUCUGGGACUGGAAGAAAGGAGAGAAGCUGUCGGCAGUCAGAGGAAGCAAAGAAAAGAUCUUCGCGGUGAAGAUGAAUCCGUUCACUCCGGACAAGCUGAUCACGGCCGGCAUAAAACACCUGAAGUUCUGGAGACGGGCAGGCGGAGGUCUGAUCGGACGCAAGGGCUGCGCAGGAACCGGAUCGAAAAGCGAGACCAUGAUGUGUGUGGUGUACGGCUGGACGGAGGAGAUGUCCUUUUCUGGAACAUCUACCGGAGACGUUUGUAUCUGGAGAGACCUCUUCCUCAUGAAAACGGUUAAAGCCCACGACGGGCCGGUGUUCAGCAUGCACGCUCUGGAUAAGGGCUUUGUAACGGGAGGAAAGGAUGGAGUGGUAGCUCUUUGGGACGAUGCCUUCGAACGAUGCCUCAAAACCUACGCUAUAAAAAGGGCUGCGUUGGCCCCAGGAUCUAAAGGGCUUUUGCUAGAAGACAACCCGUCCAUCCGUGCCAUAUCCCUGGGCCAUGGUCACAUCCUGGUGGGAACCAAGAACGGGGAGAUUCUGGAGGUGGAUAAGAGCGGACCCGUCACUUUACUUGUUCAGGGACACAUGGAGGGAGAGGUUUGGGGUCUGGCCACUCACCCUCACUUACCAAUCUGUGCCACCGUAAGUGAGGAUAAGACCCUCCGAAUUUGGGACCUGUCCCCGAGUCACUGCAUGCUGGCUGUUCGCAAGCUAAAGAAAGGCGGAAGAUGCUGUGCCUUCUCCCCGGACGGUAAAGCGCUGGCCGUCGGACUGAACGAUGGGAGCUUUUUAAUCGUUAAUACGGACACGAUGGAGGACCUGGUCUCGUUUCACCAUAGGAAGGACGUCGUCUCCGAUAUCCGCUUCUCCCCUGGCGCGGGGAAGUACCUGGCCGUGGCUUCCUACGACAACUUUGUAGACAUUUACAACGUGAAGAGCAGCAAGCGGGUCGGGGUCUGCAAGGGAUCGUCCAGCUACAUCACGCACAUCGACUGGGACGCCCGAGGGAAGCUGCUGCAGGUGAACACGGGGGCCAAGGAGCAGCUCUUUUUUGAAGCCCCCCGAGGGAAGAAGCAGAACAUUCUCAGCCAGGAGGUAGAAAAGGUUUCCUGGUCGUCGUGGACGAGUGUCCUGGGUCCGAGCUGCGAGGGCAUCUGGCCCGUGAUCGGCGAAGUAAGCGACGUGACGGCUGCCAGCCUCACCGCAGAUGGCAAGGUCUUGGCGACCGGAGACGACUUUGGUUUCGUGAAGCUGUUCCGGUACCCGGUUAGAGGGAAGUUCGGGAAGUUUAAGAGGUACGUGGCACACAGCUCGCACGUCACCAACCUGCGCUGGGUGCACGACGACAGCCUGCUGGUCACCGCCGGGGGUCUGGACACGUCGCUCAUGCUGUGGACCCACGAUGCCGAGGGGCACCGGGAGAGCAGGCAGUGCGACAGCGAGGAGUCCGACCUCGACUCCGAGGAGGACGGAGGUUACGACAGCGACGUCACCAGAGAGAACGAAAUGAAUUACACCGUCAGAGCUUUAUGCACCAAUAUCCGGCCGAUGGUGGGAAUCAAACCGCACCUCCAGCAGAAGGAGCUGUCUCUGGAUGAGAGGCAGGGCGUAGUCAGACCUCCCGUUAGUCGGGCAUUACCGCCCCCCGAAAAACUUCAGACUAAUAACGUUGGCAAAAAAAAGAGACCCAUUGAGGAUCUGGUUCUUGAGUUGGUGUUCGGAUACCGGGGAAGAGACUGCCGGAAUAACGUCCAUUAUCUCAAUGACUGCGCUGAUAUUCUGUAUCACGCGGCGUCGGUCGGCAUCCUGUACAACGUGGCUACAGGUUCUCAGAGCUUCUACCAGGAACACACGGAUGACAUUUUGUGCCUCACUAUAAACCAACACCCCAAAUUCACCAACAUUGUGGCAACUGGCCAAGUAGGUGAUGCGGCCGAUAUGUCUGCGACGGCGCCGUCUAUCCACGUGUGGGACGCAAUGACCAAGCAGACGCAUUCUGUCCUCCGCUGCUAUCACUCCAAGGGCGUUUGUUCCGUCAGCUUCAGUGCCACCGGCAAACUCCUCCUGUCUGUCGGACUGGACCCCGAACACACCAUCACCAUAUGGAAGUGGCAAGAAGGGGCCAAAAUCGCCAGCAAGGCCGGUCACAAUCAGCGCAUCUUUGUGGCCGAGUUCCGACCCGAUUCGGACACCCAGUUUGUGUCUGUCGGGGUGAAACACGUGCGGUUCUGGACUCUGGCCGGGAGGGCGCUGCUCAGUAAGAAGGGCAUGCUGAGCUCCAUCGAGGACGCGCGCAUGCAGACCAUGCUGGCGGUGGCAUUCGGAGCUGGUAACCUGACCUUCACCGGGACGAUCAGCGGGGACGUCUGCGUCUGGAAAGACCACAUACUGUCUAGGAUCGUGGCCAAAGCUCACAACGGGCCAGUGCUCACCAUGUACACCACGCUGAGGGACGGCCUGAUCGUCACAGGCGGGAAGGAGAGGCCAACCAAGGAAGGUGGCGCGGUGAAGCUCUGGGAUCAGGAACUGAAAAGAUGUCGCGCCUUCAGACUGGAGACGGGUCAGCUGACGGACUGCGUGAGAUCCGUCUGCAGAGGGAAGGGUAAAAUCUUGGUGGGAACUCGCAACGCAGAAAUCAUCGAGGUCGGCGAAAAAAACGCAGCGUGUAACAUUCUCAUUAACGGACACAUGGAAGGACCCAUCUGGGGGCUGACCACCCACCCAACCAGAGACCUCUUUCUGUCGGCCGCAGAAGACGGGACAGUCCGGCUGUGGGACAUCGCAGACAAGAAGAUGCUGAAUAAGGUGAAUUUAGGGCACGCUGCCCGCACGGUGUGUUACAGCCCGGAGGGGGACAUGGUAGCCAUCGGCAUGAGAAAUGGAGAGUUCAUUAUCCUUCUUGUAACCUCCCUGAAGAUCUGGGGCAAGAAAAGAGACAGAAGGUCAGCUAUUCAGGACAUCAGAUUCAGCCCGGACUCCCACUUCUUGGCCGUCGGCUCCAGCGAGAACGCUGUGGAUUUCUACGACCUGACGAUGGGCCCGUCGCUGAAUCGGAUCAGUUACUGCAAAGACAUCCCCAGCUUUGUGCUGCAGAUAGAUUUUUCUGCCGACAGCCGCUACGUCCAGGUCUCCACCGGAUGUUACAAGCGACUGAUCUAUGAAGUGCCUUCCGGGAAACUGCUCACCGAGCAAGCCCUGAUCGACAGAAUUACGUGGGCUUCCUGGACCAGCGUCCUCGGAGACGAGGUGGUCGGAAUCUGGUCCAGACACAACGAGAAGUCGGACGUGACGUGCGCCUCCGUCUCUCACUCAGGAAUAAGCCUGGUUACCGGGGACGAUUUUGGAACGGUCAAACUAUUCGACUUCCCCUGUCCUGAAAAAUUUGCGAAACACAAGCGCUUUCUGGGGCACUCUGCCCACCUGACCAAUAUCCGCUUCACCAGCGGGGACAGGUACGUGGUCAGCGCCGGAGGAGACGACUGCAGCUUGUUCGUAUGGAAAUGCGUGCAUAUGCCGCACUGACGGGAACCGACCUGCCGAGCGCCGCUCACUCCACCUCUCAGGCCAGGUGCGAUGGGGGAUUCUCUCUGAGUCUGCAAGGAGCGAUGCAGAGUCACGGAGAAGGUACGGGGGCAAAACUACCACGGUCGGAGACCCCUUUUUUGGGGAUCGUUUGGAGGCUC